AUGCAUACAACAAAAUUAGUCGAAACAAUCACAUAUUAUUCAGAUUAUAUUGUUAUAAAAGCAAUAACAAACACAACUAACAAAUUAAUGAAAUAUAAAAUUCAAAAAGAUUCAACCGAAGAAAAAGCACAUAAAUUAGUGUAUACAAUACUGUUAGAUGAAUUAACUGUGAUUCAACAUAAAUGGAAUUCACCCAACAAUGUUGUGAACCGUUUACAACAGGAAAAAAUUCGUUUAAAACAACUUUUUAUCGACACGUCAAACGGUGUUGUUGGUACAAAUUUAUUGACUAAUGAAACAAAUUUAAUUCUAAAUCAACAUUUAAAGGAUGGUUUUAUAAAAACAUUUACUUCAGAUAUCAUUUUAUCAUUACAAACUAAAAAAUUUGUUCAUGAUUAUAAAGUUUUACAAGCAUAUAUUGAUUUAGAUCUAAUUGAUUUAAUUGAACGAAAGAACAUUAAUCAAUUAAUUAAAAAUUUAAAAAACUCACAUAUUCAUUAUAUUACUGAUGAAUUUGGAACCGUGAUUGAAUCAAUACGUGCUCAAAUGGUCCAUCGGCAUCAAAAUGAUAUUAUUAAACUACAUUGUGGAGAGCCCUGCCCAAUAUGUAAAGUAUCUUGCCAUUUAGAAGCUGACCAUAAUUCCUAUGAAAUAGAUUUACUGAAGUUAAAUGGUCAAGCAAUUGUUGGUCGAGUUAUACAGAUAUUAUUAGCAGCUAGGAAAAAUACAACAAAUGAUCUCUCUAAGAAAUUACACGAUUCUUAUCAUCAACCACGUGGUCUCAUUGGAUGUUCUUGGAUAAAACAUCGUUAUUUAUUAAAUCAAUUGGUCGCUUCUGAUUGUGCAACGUCUGCACUUUUCACUCAUCGUUUUAAAUAUAAGGGUGAGCAUUAUCCUUUUAAAAAGUAUUGCAAAAUAUUUCCAGAAUGGCAAUUACCAACCUUAACUUCAAAAGAUACUUUAAAAUUAAGAGAAUACAUAUUCUACAAGUAUCAACUGGAAUUAUCAAAUGAAUAUUCAAAACUGAAAUGUACAGAAAUGCCAGGUCGGUAUAAACAUCAUACAUUAAUAACAAUUAAAAACCACUUACAACAAGUGACAAAUGAAACUUCAAUUGAUUAA